UGCAAUGUCUCAACAUCAACAUCUCAUUUACGAAAUACAUUACUUAACCUCAAAGACAAAUCCUUGUUAUUGUUACUAAUGGAGAUUUCCUCCUUAAGCAAAACGGUUGCUUUGUUGGUUCUUCUGUUAGCCACUCUCACAACCUUGUCACUAGGUCAAGGCAACCGCGGUAGUGGCAGAGGCACCCGUCUUGGUUAUUACAGGUCGUCCUGCCCUAGGGCCGAAUCCAUAGUUCAGUCUGCGGUUCGGUCUGCUGUCCAAGCCAACCCAACAAUCGCACCUGGUUUACUAAGGAUGUUCUUCCAUGACUGCUUUGUCAAUGGUUGUGAUGCAUCUAUACUAAUUGACGGACCCACAACUGAGAAGACAGCAGGCCCAAACUCUCUCUUGAGAGGCUUUGAAGUUAUUGAUGCUGCAAAGUCCCAGCUCGAAACAGCCUGCCCAGGAGUGGUCUCAUGUGCGGAUAUCGUUGCUCUUGCUGCACGUGAUUCUGUGGUCUUGACCGGUGGACGUAGUUGGCAGGUACGAUUAGGACGUAGAGAUGGAUUAGUUUCACAAGCAUCGGAUACCGCAAACUUGCCUGCCUUUAAUGAUCCUAUUAGUGUCCAAAUCCGAAAGUUUGCUGACAAAGGCCUCAACACCCAAGAUCUUGUUACUCUUGUCGGUGGACACACUAUUGGAACAGCAGCAUGUGCAUUAUUCAGCUACAGGUUAUACAACUUCAACAAUACCAAUGGACCCGACCCAGAUAUAAACCCAGCAUUCCUACCACAGCUCCGAGCACUUUGCCCCAAUGGUGGCGAUGCAUUAAGACGUGUGGCGCUUGAUAAAGGUAGCGAUAAUAGCUUCGGCAAUUCAUUCUAUGAAAACUUGAGGAAUGGAAGGGGAGUUAUUGAAUCCGAUGCAAAGCUAUGGAGUGACCGCAGGACUCAGAGGUUUGUACAAAGGUAUUUAGGGGAAAGGGGGCAAACGGGAUCGAGAUUUAACGCAGAGUUUGGAAGAGCAAUGGUGAAGAUGGGUAAUAUUGAGGUGAAAACAGGGACACAAGGUGAAAUCCGUAGAGUGUGUACUGCAACCAAUUGAUAAGAUUUAUAAGAAUGUGAGUUUAACACAAUCCAGAAGUUGUUAAUAGAAUGAACUUUCAAAACAUUCAUUGAAAAUUGUAUUGAUUUGUUUUACUUGGAAUAAGAUCAAAGAUUGAAUUGUUUAAUCAAGAAUUUUUCU